ACUCGUGGAACUCGCACACCCGCCGUGAAGUAGAACCAUGUCGGCGAACAAGCCCCCUGCGAACUCUGGUAACUCGAAGCCCAUCCCGAUAUCGAUGUCGAAUCCCAUCUUGGCAGCCGCACCGCCGAAUCCAGGACCAAGCUCGACAGCCAUGUCGAUUGGCAACCCCAACACGUCGAUUGCGAUGGCACCAGCACCUUCCGCAGCCAUGGUGGCUGCCGCUGCUGCUGCAUUGACCAGUCAGCAGCAACAACAACUCAAACGUAUGGGUCUUGGCAUGGGCAUGCAGAUGCCAUCGGGGGCGAAUUUGAAUGCAUUGCAGCAACUGAACAACAUGAACGUGGCCGCGAUGCAGUUACAAAUGAACCAACAGCAACACCGGAUGAACGUCGCGUCCGCCCAAGCACACAACCGUGCAUUCAAACCCUCGAAUGUCAACGUGAACUCCGCCGUGGCGGUCGCCGUGGCUUCCGCAUCCACCGUUCCGGUCCCAGUAAACACGGCUGGGGCUGGAGCGCUCAACUUGUCGGGGACGUGGGAAUUGGAUCGCGACGCGUCCGAUUCCACGAACGACUACUUGGAAGCCAUGGGAUUGCCGCUGAUUGCUCGACAAGCGGCCGACAAGCUGGACCUGACAGUGAUCAUUCUGCAAACAGCGGGCGAGUUCACGAUCACGCGGCGCACGCGCAUCUUCCUUGAGACCAAGCAGUUGAAGUUUGGCCAAGAAGUCAUCAUCAAAACCAACACGAUCAAAGUGAUGGGCGAGCCCACGUCGAUCAAGACGGUCACGCAUCUGUCGGGGUUCCGGGGCAUCCUGCACGACAGCCGCACCGUGGACGAGCUGGGCCGCAUGCGCGUGGAGCUGACGCUGACGCUGCCGGACAAGGACAAGCCCAACGUUGUGAUCACGCGGUACUUUAAAAAGACGAGCGACUCGACGUCGUUGGACAACCUACCGCCGUACGAGCCGUUCCCCGAUGCCCCGUCUGACAAGCGAAAACGAUAAGCCACCGACGUGUUAUGCUACAGCUGCUCUGUUGUUGCUACUGCUACUGUGAAGAAGAGAGAAGAACCCAUGUCUUAUAUUUGCUAACCACGUUAAAAGACAUACAACCAACCACCCACAACGACGACGAAGUACAUAUAUAUAUACAUGCGUGUUGUGUGCUGGUUGGUGUUUAUUCAACCGACUGGGGCUUGGCACCAAA